UCUAUCGUUUGUCUCUUGGAAUGUCUGAGAAUAAAAUCCCUCUUCAAGCUCCUGUCUUUGAUUCGUUCCAUUUUCCCCCUACCUUGCUGCAGAUCCAGAGAAGUCGUCAUUUGAACAUCAACUUGUCGAUUUUCUGAAACAUCUGUGAAUCGCCCAUUCUGUAUAACUGAAGAAUUUCUUCUUGCUAAGAGGUAUGUGAGUUAGUAUCUUGUGAAUCAAACCCUUGAUUUGAGAAGCUCUGUUGGACUACGUAACUUUCUUCUUUCUGAGAAUUAUCAACCUAUAAAUUGAUGGCGACGACACCAAUGGCGCCUCCGAACGCGGCCGGAAAUUUCGAUGGGAACCCUAUGGCGCCGCCGCCGCCUCCAGGCACGGACAUGACCGGAAUAUGUUUUAGGGAUCAACUUUGGUUGAAUACUUAUCCGCUCGAUCGAAAUCUGGUCUUCGACUACUUUGUUCUUUCUCCGUUCUACGAUUGGACCUGCAACAAUGAACAGCUUCGAGUGCGCUCCAUUCAUCCUCUUGACAUCUCACAACUUACGAAAAUGACAGGCAUAGAGUUCGUGCUGAGUGAAGUAAUGGAACCUCACCUCUUUGUAUUUCGUAAGCAAAAGAGAGAUGGUCCUGAGAAAAUAACUCCAAUGCUAGCUUAUUAUGUCUUGGAUGGGUCCAUUUAUCAAGCUCCACAGCUCUGCAGUGUAUUUUCUGCUAGAAUUGGGCGUGCUCUGUAUCACAUAUCCAAGGCUUUCACUACUGCAGCUUCAAAGUUGGAGAAGAUUGGAUAUGUUGACAGUGAAAAUGAGACAGCAGCGGCCGAGACAAAGUCUAGCAAGGAGAUCAUUGACAUGAAGGAAGUCAAGCGAAUAGACCAAGUUCUUGCCUUGCUACUCGGAAAGUUACCAGCAGCCCCUCCCCCGCCACCUUACCCAGAAGGAUAUGCUCCUCCGGCCACAACAGAAGGGGAUAAAACUUUCGAAGGAAGCGGGCAAGGAGCCGAGACCCAACUCCCUCAAAUGGAUCCCAUAAUUGAUCAAGGCCCCUCAAAGAGGAUGAAAUUUUGAGAGGUAAAUUUGACUCUUUUUUUACUACUCACUGACUUGACUGUACAAAACAAAGAUCACUACAUCCACAUGUAAUAGAACUUACUAUUUUAUUAUUAGUUAUGUGUGUUCUUAUA